AAUACAUCUUUUUUCUCUUUCCAGACAUGGCCGGCGGCUACCUGUGCUUCGUGAUUUCGAUCCUGUGCAUCGGCGUGGUGACGGCCAUCAUCGGUGACGUCGCGUCCCACUUUGGCUGCACGCUCGGCAUCAAGGACUCCGUCACCGCCAUCGUUUUCGUCGCGCUGGGAACGAGUAUACCGGAUACGUUCGCCAGUAAGGUGGCCGCCAUCCAGGACAAGUAUGCGGACGCCAGUGUGGGCAACGUCACGGGCAGUAACGCCGUCAACGUGUUCCUCGGCAUCGGUGUGGCCUGGACCAUUGCCGCCUGUUACCAUGCCUUCCACGGGCGGGAGUUUGAGGUGCAACCCGGAACGUUGGCCUUCUCGGUGACGCUGUUCUGUACGGAGGCGCUGGUCGCGAUCCUGGUGCUGGUGUGCCGUAGAAAUCCCAAGAUUGGUGGUGAACUGGGAGGUCCCAAGAAGGCAAAGUACCUCACUGCCGUCUUCUUCUUCUCGCUGUGGAUCAUCUACCUGGUGAUGAGCAGUUUAGAGGCGUACGGUAUCAUCAAGGGCUUCUAAGGAGAUGGCACAGCGCAGUUUGGAUCAACUUCAACCUUGGUGCCCCGGAACAGUCCUGUCGAAGGCACACACACACACAAAAACAAACACACAUUUUCAUGUUCAAGAACCAUCGUGCUCACGCCCAUUUAUCGACUCAUUCGCAGCACCACAGCCACAUUUGACCCUGUUGGAACGGGAGUAGAUAGCGCGACAUGAAGCAAAUCAAAAGUCAACGAUUAAGUCCAAAAGUCAAUCAUUAACUUAUUUGAAUGCAACUACCACACUAGGUUUUACUUAAGAAGAAAGAAGAAAAAAUAAAAUAAUUUGCCUUACUUUUAGAACAAACGAACAAAACAACAAAAUUGUAACGCGUGAACAACAAAAACCAACCAAACAACAAAUAAAGCAAAGCAAAACCCAGUUGAACUGCGCCACGUGGGCCAGUAAAAUACAAGACAUUUUAGUUUACUACCUGUACUGUUAAUAAUUUGUAAGCCAGAGAGAAAGAAAAAAAAGAAGUUAUAUUUAACGCCAAACCGCGGGACGCCAGCUGCUGCCGAAGAUGCGUUGUUUCCGGGCGUAGUCCCACGCCGCCGAAACAGCUGACGUCCCGCUCGGGGCUGGUUGGCCGCGGCUCGAACACCGCGAGUCCAGCCGCCGCCGUCAAAAAUAAGAGAAAAUGCCAAAUUGUUAAGGAUUAAUACUAUUUAAUUGAUUAAAAGUGAAGAAAAUAUAGAGUGUACUAGAAAGGUAAGCUAAUGUUAAACUAGGAUAUUAAAUGAAGCAAGAAAACAAGCAAAAUUUUCGCGCCAAAAACAUGACAAAGAAAAAGUUGCGCGGACGUGGGACAAAUUUUGUUUGUUGAAAAUAUGUUGAAUUCUUAUUUUUUAUGAUUAAGUUUCGUUCAAAAACAAAGUUUCUGGGUUGCGACUCAACCCCGCGACUGCCUCUCGUGCAGGCUCAGCAUGGAUUCUAGUCAAAUCUCGAAUUUAUUAGCCCUUGUUUAGUCACACCCACCAGGAUCGAUAUCUGAACGAAUGGCGUUUUUCCGAUCGCUUGUAAAUAGUCAUCCAUGCUUUCAAGCUGAACACGUUUCCUGAAAUCGAUAGUGCUUGCUCCAUUUCAAAAUCCUCUUACUAUUACGAAAAAGGAAAUCAAAAAUAAACCGUUACUUGUAAAGAGCGCAGAAGACAUAUCUUAUUUAGAGUCGUGUUUUUCGAAAAACCCAAUAAAAAAUGUGUAAAAUUCCUGAUGUAAUCACGAAAAUAAAUUAUCUUACGAAGGCUCCAAACCAUAAAAAGCUAAAAACCAGCGGUCCAAAUCGAAGCAAAGCUCUAGUAUAGAACAAAAUGGCGUCUCUUUGCGACGUUUUAGAACACACACACUAGCACGUCCCUAGGAAAACUGAAACGACGCAGAGUAGCAAGUAGACCAAACGCCAACAACGGACCAGAAGAAUAAACCACAACCACACCGACCCCGUUUGUACUAAAAGCAUUUCAAACGCCAUUUUCUUUUAUGUUUUGCGCAAACACUCACACUUGACACCAAACAAAACUCCACAUAGUAAAACUAAGCUAUAAAGUAUUCUUGCCACUCCGCAAAGCAAGCGCAACACGUGUGCGUGCCAGCCGCCAUUUUGGAUGGUGCCAACUGUCAAAGUUAUGAUACAAAAUGGCGGCGCGCUCGCGCGCGCGUCUCCCUCAAUCAAUUCAGAGAUAGAGACACACACACAAGCAGGCGAACGAUUUAAAAAAAACUCUUCCAUUUCAAAUUCGCAUUAGGACUUAAGGCGACUUUCUGUUUUUUUCUUCCUUGGUUUUAGGGGCUCCUAAGUUUAGAACAAUCAUAGCUUUCGUUUGUAAGGAUAUUAGUAGCGUAAGGUAUUGUUGAGCAAACCUCUAAACAAAAAAAAAACGUCCACUUACACACACGUCUAGGGCGCGAACGAUCGAAACGAGCGGAAUAAAGAAGAAAAAAAGCAACGCAAUGAUUCUAAACAAACCAAAUCAGAAACAGCGAAACUGUUUUCCCAUAUAUUGCCAUAAUGAUAUAGAAUCUUCUUGUGGGGAAUGUUUAAAAAAGAGAAGCCUCAUAAUUUAUAAAACCGCGAAAGAAACGCUUCAAGAUGGCUGACAAAACACGCGUUAUUGUUGGCAAGGCUUUCGGUUUGCGAUUUGGGUUUUAUUGGGGCUAAAAAUGGCCGCUAGAUGCAGAUUUAUAUUUGUUGAUUAUUUCCUAGUUGUUGAGAGAUGUAACCGAACCGUGAAACCUGAGAGAGAAAUUAGAACAACAAUAAACCGAAUGAAGAUGCUCUGUAGCGAACGUGUUCGUAAAGUAAGAACAAAUAUUUAUAAAAGAUGGACGCGAUCAGGACGCGGCUGGAUUUAUAUUUUUAUGAGAGAUAUAAACAAUUGGUGACAAGCCACAUAGCCAUACACAUAAAAGAAGAAAACUAGCGAAUCCACCUGAAUGUAUAAGAUCAGUCUGUUAUAGCCACACGAUUUUCUGAAAAAAAAACUCUUAAUGUUACCCUACCUUUAAUAGCAGUGCAGUAACUCUAAUGAUCAAUAAAGUUCCAUAAUUACCAACUGAAUGGCCACGUGUAGUGACUGUCAUCUAUGUGAGCAAUCCUCCCUCCCCUUAAACUUCUUCAUAUUUCAACUGAGAAAGUGUGUUCCGACAGUUGUAGAGAGUCAAAGAAGAACACGUUUAUACUAACAACAACAACAAAAAACAAAAAUAGGAAAACAUACGUUGAUGUGCAAACAAAAUACAAAUGUAACUUUCUUCCAAUCGAGAAUCCAAAGUACUAAUUCAAAUCUACUUUAGUUUCUCGUCAAUACAGAAGAGUAGAAUUGCUGAACAUGCACACAAGAUUAAAACGAAAAAAAUAAACAGACAAGACAAUUUUACCGUGAACUCAAUGUUUAAAACACAGCCCGGUUAAGCUAAUAAAGAAAUGUGUACCAAAAAACAACAAUCAUGUAGAGACAAAACAAAACACCGGAAUGUGGAACUCCUCUCCUAGUGACUUCCGAAUCGUUCGAUGUGCAAUAUUAAUCGUAAUCAAAUCGUAAGCAAAAAGCCCUUUUUUAUACUGAUGGCAAUAAUCCACCUAAAGAAAAGCGAGAGAUAGAUAGCGAAAAGCGCAGAUCGAGUAGCUUUCAAAUGUUUGUUUUCCCCUUUUUCACCCUUUUUAAAGUACUAUCCUCUAUAAAACUAGUCCUAACCUUUAACCAACUUAUAGCAACAACAAAAAAAAACAAUGAAAGUCCAACUCAAAAUCGGAAACAAAGCGAAAUUCUAACUCUCCCUAUUCUUGACUAACUAUCGUGUAAAAAAUCAAACUAGUAUCGAUAUUAAACGGAAAUGCUAUAACCUCUAAGAAAUCCUAAAAUUUAUAUACAAUCUUCUUUCAAGUGUCACACCAGACCACUGAUUUUCUUACACAACAAAUCCUAUUUUGAAGCAACUAUAUCGAACUCGAAAAAAAUUCCACUAUUCCCAAAAAAAAACAAACUACUACUAUCAAACUCAUUUCCUCUAACGUUUCCUGUACUUAAAUAAACCCCACAAAAAAUAACCCUUUUACAAUUACGGCCAAAAUACGCAGUACUCUCCCCCUUUUCCAAACUGUACACACCUAAACAUUGUCAAUAGCCCAGAAUGCUGACCAGCAAAAGAAGAAAUUUAUACAAAAAAUCACCCCGACACCCACAAACACACACUCCACCAAACCACACAGUCACGAUACACAGAUGCUAGAAGGGAGGAAGAACAGAGAAAAAGGGAAAAGAAGAAAAGCAGCAGACGAGCAACCAAAAUCGUCUAAUAGCAAAUAGAGCAACAACAACAACAACAAAAGUAAUAAAGAAACGAAAUAAAAA